AUGGGCAACGAUGGCGGAAGUAUCCCCACCCGGCGAGAACUCGUCCGCGAAGCCGCAAAAGCGCCAUCUGCAACGCAGGUAAAAGAAGCCCAACGCGAGCAGCAGGAGCAUUAUUGGACUACAGAUCCUCUGUCGCACAAACCUCUUCUUCGACCUAUCGUUUCCGACUCAGUAGGGAAUUUAUAUAACAAAGACUCAAUACUGAAAUAUUUGAUUGGCGCCGAGGACGACGAUAUCAGUUCAAAGGCGGAUUGCGAUGAGAUUUUGCAGGGACGAGUCAAGGGUUUGAAGGAUGUGGUCGAACUCAAGUUUGAGGUUGACACCGAAGGCGUUUCGAAGAAUGGAAACGGCGAGAGAUGGAUUUGUCCUGUUACUACCAAGGAGCUCGGUCCUACUGUCAAGUCAGUUUAUAUUGUCCCCUGCGGCCAUGUCUUUGCCGAGGAGGCAGUUCGGGAAAUGAAGGGAGAUACAUGUCUACAGUGCAGCGAACCUUACACAGACGAGAACGUCAUCGUCAUCCUCCCUACAAAAGAAGCCGACAAACAGCGCCUAAUAUCGCGAGGCCAGAAACUCGCCGAGCAAGGGCUUACACAUUCCCUCAAAAAGCUUUCCGGAUCGAAGAAGCGCAAGAAGCAUGCAAAUGGCGAGUCUUCAUUGGCAGCAACGACUGAAGAAUCAGCCGCAUCGUCAACAAAAGCGAAAGCAGAAUCCAUCGAUAAAGACAAGCCUUCAAUUUCGUCAGCGUCAGGCAUCAAAAACGCUUCGACAGCGAUACUCACAGCCAAGGUCCUCGAGGAAGAGCAAGAAAGGAAAAAGAGGCAGAAAAUGGCUCGGAGUGAGAAUUUACAAACUCUGUUCCAUAACGAUAAUGAUAAGCGGAAGAUGAAGGAUGGAGAUUUCAUGACUAGAGGGUUCUCAAUUCCUGCCAAUGCACGGAGAUGA